GUGAUCGCCGCUGUGAACUUGCUGUGUGGGGUAGCCGGCCUGUACACUUUCUUCACGACGGGCUUCGCGCACUUCCUCGUCAGUCGAGUAUGCUUAGGUCUCGUCAUGCUUACCCUCAGCAUCACACCUUUCGUGCUCGUGGUGGAGUUCGUGGCCCCCAAGCGUCGUAUGAUGGUGCUGACCGGCUUUCAGCUGUCCUACCCGAUUGUCGGCGCGGCGUUUCCAUGGUUGGCCGUUCUUCUCUUUCACUGGCGUACUAUGACAGUUGCCUCGGCUGCUGCGCCCCUUUUCGCCAUGGUUUGUUGCCUAUUCCUACCCGAAUCCAUACGCUGGCUAGUGUCCCACGGCAAACAGGAUCGAGCCAAGAAAAUCGUUCUCAUGGUUGCCGAGGUGAAUGGUAAGGUUCUGUCAGAGGAAUUCCUCCAAAAAUUUCAGUUCUCGGAUUUGCAGCAAACGGAAAAGAGCAAGCAUUCCGUGAUGGAAAUGUUGAAGACCAGCAACCUUCGCAAAAACUUCAUCCUCACACUGGCCUGCUGGACCUUGGCCUGCCUGGUGUACACGGCUGGUCAACUAUAUGCAGCCAAUGCAAGCCAAGAUCCGUUCGUCAUGACCACCGCCGUGAAUCUGGUGGAUGUCGUAUCAACGGUGACAGCUCUUCCUUUGGCUGAUCGCUGGGGCCGCAGGCCGGUGAUGAUGACCGCCUGUAUUGGCGCCGCGUUGGGUUACUUCUGCGCCGUUGCAGUACCUUGGGACGCCGUCCUUUGCGCCACUGUGGUGUCCAUGGUGGCCAGACUAGCACUGACCAUGGCAUACGACGUGGCGUAUCUGCACGCAGCCGAGGUGUAUCCGACCGUGGUGCGGUCGCAGGCCAUGGCCAUCAGGCAGGCAUUCGGCUCGGUCGGAAGGUUCCUCAGCUCGCAGGUCAUGCAGCUGACGUAUUUUGGACGGUCCCUGCCACUCGUGGUUAUGGGAACGAUGUCCUUCCUGCUGGCUAUGCUGACGUUUCCGCUACCGGAAACCCUGAACCAGGAACUGCCGGAAGAACUCGCGGACGGAGAGAAGCUCGUCCUCGGACAGAACACCUGCUGCUUUUCGGCGUCGGCGAAGCCCAUAACUUCACCAGGUUCUCCACGUCCUCGAAGUCGAACCCACUCUGUUCUUUAGAAACAAUUCAAUGUAAAAAAGCUUUAAUGUGAUACUCGAACUGAGAUGGUGUACAAAUUCGGUGGUCAGCUCGAUUGACCAAUUAAACGUGCCACCAUCUGCAGCAUGUAAUGACACAAAAUCCUGCCUGAGUUUAUGGCAGCGCUUGUCAUACUAAGUCGUCUGAGGAAAAGAAAAAUGUAUUCAAAGCAGUCAACUUUCUGACCAUCUCUGGGUACAUCCCCGGUUGCACUAACUGGUUUAAGUUUUACUGGAGUAAGGGUUACACUGACCGCGUAAUAAAAGUUGCACAGAAGCUUAGCCGGCGAAGUGGUGUAGUUGGCGCGGUGAACUGCUAGAGGUACAUAUUUAGGUAUUUUUUUCU